GAAUCUCCAGAGAGCUCACAACCGCCCUUUCCCGUCUUGUCGGUUUACUCUUCUUUGGCCUUUUCAAUUUCUUCCUUUAUAAUUAUUUUGGAGAUUCCUUUGCUAUCCUUCAAAGCCAUAGCUUUGAUUCCUCUCCUUCCAUCGGUUCUCUCUUUCAGAAUCGGUUGAGUUUUUCAUUUCGUUUCGUUCGAUCUUCUAUUUUAUCGAUUUUCUGCGGAUCGUUUGAAUCAUUUCCAACAGAUUAUAGGUAUUGUUUAAUUGAGAUUGGAGAAGGAUGGCGGAAGAACAUCGAUGCCAAGCGCCGAAGCUCUGCGUUAAUAACUGCGGAUUCUUUGGGAGUCCGGCGACUCGAGAUCUUUGUUCGAAGUGCUACCGAGAUCUGCAGAUGAAGGAACAACAAUCUUCCUCCGCCAAGCUCGCGCUAAACCAAACCCUAACAUCCGCCGUUACGUCAUCCUCGUUCGCGGAUGCCGCUUUGUUAGAUCUGAAACCGGCUUCAACAGAAGCGAACCAGCCGCUGGCGGAGGUGGCAGAGAAGGCGCAGACGAGGACGGAAGUGGCGCCAGCACCGGCACAGCAGCAGCCGAGCCGGUGUAUGACGUGCAGGCGGCGCGUGGGAUUGACAGGGUUUAAGUGCAGGUGCGGGAUGGUGUACUGUGGGACUCACCGGUACCCGGAGCAACACGGGUGUGAAUUUGACUUCAAGCAGAUGGGGAAGGAUCAGAUCGCAAAAGCGAAUCCGGUGGUGAAAGGAGAGAAACUGCAGAAGAUCUGAGAAAGAGAGGGACAAAAUGGUCAUUUUGAUCAUCAUCUUUCUUCCUUGAUGUAUGUCGAUUUCGUGUGGGGCCAGCUUGUGGUGGGUUAGCCGACGGGACGGGAUUUGCGUUGGACCAUUUCGAAAAUAUUGGUGGUUGUAUAAAUAUUCAAUAAUGUUACUUGUAUUUCAAUUUAAUUCUACUUAAAACAAGGAAAAAUAUUUUCCUGAUC